AUGGUUGAACGAUUUCACCCCAAAAUUAAGGAUACCCUGCGAGCUGCAGAUGACCCAGGCAACUGGUUGGACAACCUGCUCCUGGUCCUCGGAAUUCGCUGGAAACCGAAGUCGGAUCUGGAUUGCAGCGCGGCCGAGGUGGUGUUCGGCACCACCCUCCAACUGUCGAGAUGGUCAGUCCAACUUCUCGUGGUCCCGAAGAGACUGCGAUAA